AAGCCUCCCUCUGCGAGGCUCACGGGACAGGCGGGAUGUGCAGAGGGCGGGCUGCAUGCGAUAGGCUGCUAGGCAUGAUGGGCAGGUGGGUCAACCAACGGUAGGGCAGGGCGGGCCGGCCGGCGCUACCUGCGGUCCAGAGAGCCGAGGAGGAGCCGUUGUGCGCGGGGCUGUGUAGCUCAGCCCGUCGUCUGCCACCAUGUUCCAGGGCCCCGAGGCCGACUCGGCCAAACCCAGCUCCAGGGUAUUGAAGCCCCCAGGAGGAGGUUCUAGUAAUCUCUUUGGGAGUACAGAAGAAGUUUCUUCUUCAAGCAGGCCGCACCGGAUGGCAUCCAAUAUCUUUGGAGCAUCAGAAGAACCUCAAAACAUUCCAAAAAGAACAAACCCUCCAGGGGGAAAAGAAAGUGGUAUUUUUGAGGAUUCUAGUUCUGCUCAGCCUCGUCCACGCAUGAAUCCACCUGGUGGGAAGACAAGUGAUAUCUUUGGGUCUCCUGUACCUACCAGUGUUGUGCGAGCACACCCAAACAAGCCAAAGGAUCACAUUGUCUUGAAAGAGGAUGAAACACCAAAGAAGCUGGAAGCUACAGAAAAUAUCAAACCACAGCUGGAAGACGGAGGCGAGAAAAAAGAUCUGGGCAAAGAAGAGCGAUGCAAGGAGCCAGAACCCAAGAUAGACAAUCAUGAGCCCCGAUUAGGGCCAAGGCCACGCUCACACAACAAAGUUCUCAAUCCACCAGGGGGUAAAUCCAGUAUUGCAUUCUAUUAGGGUCAUCUGUUCCCUUUCGCUAAUGGAGUCUGCACAGAAACUCUUGGCUGUGGUUGCAAGGUCAGUUUAUAGACUAUUGUUUGUGGAUAGAUUCUUAGGCAGGUGGAUGAGUGUUAUGCUAAAGUGUGUAGGAAGGAUAACCUGAUCAUUUGGGGAGGGAGGGCUGGGGAGGGAAAAGGUGCCCCUUGGGAGAUGCAAGUAUUGGGCUGCCUGGGUGGGUGGCAGAGGGGGACAUCGGUGUAACUUUGUGAGAGAUCAGUGCUACUUUGUGGUGAGUUCGUCAGACUGUUAGGUUCUUGGCUAGCUAGUGGCUCAGGACACUCUUGUGGAGGCAGGCUUAUCCAUACAGUCAACAUGUAAAAACUCUGAGAGGGUAUGGACCUAGAGGGCAGCGCUAAAGGAUUUGGAAGGCAGCACAGCCCGUAGGCUGUGCUCUCCUCUAGGCAACAGGAUGCAGCUUCACAGUGAGUUGACUUGCAGUCACUUGGAUGUAAAUACGUUCCACUGGAACAAGUAGUGCUGCCAUGGUGCUGAGUGCAUUCAGUCUUUGGUUCUCUUUUUCUCCUUGCUUGCUUUGCAGCACAUGACUGCUGAUACAAGGACAAAUCAUGCUGAAAGUUUCUUUUAUACUCAUAAAGCAUCACAUGCUAAUAAUAUUGUGGUCUCCCCCUCCUCAGAGUAUUCAGGCCUUUCUGAUGCCUUCAGUAAUCUAUGACAAGUAAUAAUAUCAGUCCAACAUCCUGUUUACUGUAGGUGCUUCUAGAAGACUUUCAUUUCAGGUAUCCUGGCUGAGUGCUUGCACACUUUCUGGUAAAGUUGUGGGUGCAAACAGUAGCUUUAUGGUACUCUUUGAACAGAAGCAACUUAAAGUGUACAAUUACCAUGGAGAAUAUACUGAGGUGCCCAACCCAACCUAUACAGAAAUGCCUUAGCCUCUGCACAGGUUUUCACUUUGUACCCUGUGGAAACCACAGCGCAUUGUUUUGUUUGUCUGUGCUGACUCUGUUAGUGAAUUCCUUUGUCUUUGGUCAGCCUUACAUUUGCCUUUGAUUGCGUCAAAUUUUUGUUGAUAAGGUUGGGAGAACUAUGUGGAUUCUUCCCAAACCACAGCUGUAGUUGUUUUGAGACACGCUGUAGACUAUCCUAGUUGGAGAAUCAAAGACUUCAGCAAUACAAACCUUUUAGUUGUGCUGGCUAUCUUAAAUCAUGUUUGGAAGAUGUGCAUGUUUUGCACAAACAUUUGUUCUCUGAAUGAAUUUUCUGAUCAUAUCCAGAGCUUUGAUAUAUGAAUGUGUUAACAUGAGGUGCUUACAGUUCAAUGUAUUUAGUAGCGACUUUUUAAAUUUCAUAUAUCGAAACAGGAGUUGUUCAGGUACACCAAAGAACAAGUGGCCUUAUCUGUGUACAUCCACUGCUGUUCUAGCCCAGGUUCCCUGGGAACUGCCACUAUUUGAAGGGGACUGUCUCUGGGCCAGGUGCUAAAACACUCUGUGACUGUAGUGCUUAUGAGACUGCUCGGUUUGGUUGACCUCAGAAGUGGUGGAUGACUGUAUGAAAACUUAGUUGCCUUUUCAAAGAGUUAAAUAUAUGGGGCAGUACUAAGGGUAGAAAUAGCCAUGGAAAGUUGGGAUUUCAAUGCCUUGGUACCUUUCAGAUACAUUUGGAGCUCCCUUUUGUUUGCCCUCCUAGGAAAAUAUUCUGACUAUAACCCUGUAAUGGAUUUAUGUUACUUCCAAACAUGGAUUUCCUAGCAGCUGUUUAGCCUCUGGCUGAGUGUCAGACACAUCUUUAAGUUUCAAUUCCUUGUUUCAGACCUUGUCAGAGUUUUAAAGAGGCUGCCAUGUGGAAAAGCCAACCAGAGGCUGCUUUCUGCAUUGAAGGGUCUUGUGUAAUCGAUCCUGUCUGUAAUACUGAGCUUAGACUUGGCAUCUUUUAGUACUUGAUGUGCAUUGGCUACAGUGCCUGUCUCUUAAAAAAACAGCAAUUUCCAACUAGACCUUAAAUUAGUUAAACUAUAUUCAUUUUCUUGCAUUUCUUUCUUUGGAAUCUAAACUGUGUUUUCAACUCAUCAAGUAAGAUUGACAAGAGCAUUUCUCUGGGACAGAGGAGAUUGGAAAUCAAAUGAUAAAUCAUGCAAUUGUCAAUAAACCUCUGUAUUUUGUUA